UUGCGCUUCCAGGCAACACAACUCACAUCAUAAUCUACCACAAUGUUGCACUCACUAUCGCUCUCAGCGCUCUUGAUCAGCACUCAAGUGCUCGCCUCUCCAUACUCAAGGCCCAACUCUGAUCCCCUCCCCCUUCUCAUCUGGCAUGGCUUGGGCGACAACUACGCCGCCGACGGCCUCGCAGAAGUCGCCUCGCUCGCCGAGGAAGUCAAUCCAGGGACAUACACAUACAUCAUCCGGCUCGACGAAGACGUCUCCUCCGACCGUACAGCAACUUUCCUCGGCAACGUCACCGAGCAGAUCGCCAGCGUCUGCGCCGCGAUCCACGCCGACCCCAUCCUGUCCAGCGCGCCGGGCGUCAACGCGCUCGGAUUUUCGCAGGGUGGACAGUUUCUUCGAGGACUGGUAGAGCGCUGCGGCGGCGAGAAUGGGAUCAAGGUCCGCAACCUAGUCACCUUCGGUAGCCAACACAACGGCAUCGCGAAGUACCAGCUCUGCAAGCCGACAGACUGGCUGUGCAAGGGGUACAUCGGGCUGCUCAAAGCGAAUACAUGGGGUGCAUGGGUGCAGGGCCAUCUCGUGCCUGCGCAGUACUUCAAGGCGACGGAUGAGGAGACGGGCGAGCCGACGGAGGAGUACCUGCUCAAUAGCAAUUUCAUGGCGGACAUCAACAACGAGCGCGCGCUGAAGAACGUUACCUACGCCCAAAAUCUGGCGCAGCUGGACAAUUUCGUUAUGUACGUCUUUGAGAACGAUACGACGGUUGUACCCAAGGAGACAGGCUGGUUUGCGUACACCAACCUGACGAGCGGCGAUGUUGUGGAGUUGAGGGACCGGGAGAUUUACAAGGAAGAUUGGAUUGGGCUGAAGAAGCUGGACAAGAAGGGUGGGUUGCACUUCAAGACGACCAAGGGCGAGCAUAUGACGCUGGGCGAAAAGGUACUGAAGGAUGUGUUCAGCGAGUGGUUUGUGCCGCCGACGGAGAGCUGGAAGAAGGUCGUGGAGGACGUAGUGCAGGAGAUUAUCGAGUUGUAAUUUUCUAUUGUAGGGGAAUCUAGGUUGGUACGUGUUGUAUACAGGUGUGUGUUGACUCACGUCGCAAGACAGCAGCAACUGUAAGAGGACCUCAUCACAAGGAGCGAAACCUCGGAUACCCUUCAUAGUCAGCGAACGAAACUCCCACCGAGUCUAGCUUCACAUCUUUCGAACUUCGCGAUGCAGUUCGACUUAUGGUGCCGGAAUCCU